GCCCUCCGGAUUGUUUAAGCUGUGCCCACCCUCCUCCCCAUCCUCUCAAUUUCUCUCACUUUUUCUUGAUUUCCCGGCUUCCCUUUGCCGGAAUAUUCCGGCAAUCGUCCUCCUAAUAGUAUAGUGAAAUAUUUAGUUCGUAGUUUCUUGGAAUUCAUCCGAUACUGGUCUGGAUUGAUUGGUUCUGAAAGAUUCAAUCCUCAAGCUUUUUGGAGCUCAGAUGCUCUUAAAGAUCAUAUUUUUAUUUCUGGGUGUUCCAAGAUUUGGCGGUGGAAUGAUUCAAUAUCCAGUUACUUGAGCUUUGAUCAGUUUAGUAGUAUUUCUCAUGGAAGAUAGUCCUGAAAAAAUGAAGAAUACUGGGUUGGAUGGAAGCAGAUGUUCAAGGGACUUGUUGCAGAGGUUCAUGGAAGUCACCUGCGGCGGUCCCGAGAAGGGAGCUGAGAACGACGGAGAGAUGGAAUUGAAUCUUGGGUUGUCUAUGGGUGGGAGAUUUGGGGUGGACAGGGAUUCAAAAAAGCUAGUGAGAUCUGCUUCCGUAGCUUCAUGUUUGCAUAUUGUGAGAGAGGAUGAUGCGGUGGCUGCGCCGCCGUCUCCGGUGGCGAUUUCCAGUUUGGUCAGAACUUCUUCCCUGCCGGUUGAGACGGAGGAAGAGUGGAAAAAGAGGAAGGAUCUACAGAGUAUGAGAAGAAUGGAAGCUAAGAAAAGGAGAUCCGAGAAGCAGAGGUGUUCAAGGGGAGAUAAAGACGCCGGCGCCGGCGCCGUCGGUUCUAAGAGGGAGGAGCAGUACCAAGCGGCGGCAAAGAGUUAUUAUGGACGUGGGAUUGAAGUGGGAAUGAUGAAGGGGAAAAAAUGCUACCCUUCAUCUAGAGGGUCACUUGAGUCUCAAGGGGGUAGCUCUUCAAGUAUAUCAGAAUUUGAAAGUAAAGUUCUUCAAGGAUCCUGUGAGUUGAGCCCUGGGAGCAUUCGAUCCUUGCCAGAAGGAAGAAGCCAAGAAGCCGGUUCUUCUACAACAAAGACAAGUGAUCUUGCAAGAAAGAUGCCAGAAGCCGAAACUGAAACAUCGUCUAACAAGCAACGAGAAACCACAGGACUGCAGGCGAAAAAGGUCGGGAUGGCACCCGUGGAGGAGAUGCCGGGUGUUUUCACUAAAGGAGAUGGCCCAAACGGGAAAAGGAUAGAUGGAAUACUAUACAAAUACGGUAAAGGUGAGGAAGUGAGAAUAAUGUGUGUUUGCCAUGGGAGUUUCCUCUCGCCUGCCGAGUUUGUGAAGCACGCAGGAGGGAAUGAUGUUGCUCAUCCCCUCAAGCACAUUGUCAUUAAUCCCAACUCUUCUUCUUUUCAGUAAUUGUUGUAUUAUUAUUAUCAAGUGUAAUGUGCAUGGAAUCAUCACACACAUAUAACCUUUUGCUACUACCUCUUUUUGGGAGUUUUCUUGCAAGAGGAGCGCGUGAACAUUUGGCGCUCCGAAAUGAGAAGCUCGUAAAAGCUUCAAAUGGCGCAAUGGAAUAAGCCAAUAAGCUUCUAGCUAGGCGAAUAGGAGCUCAAAGAUUCAAUUGGUAUCACAUAAAGGGAAAUGAAAUGAACCCGUUACUCGAAGCACGCUAAAGGUUGCCAAGAUCAGAAUUCCAGAGGAAGUGUGAUUUGCACUUGGUAUUUACAUAGAUCUUAUAUCUUUGGACCCCAGAGCUUGUUAUUAGAAGUUGAUUCGUCAAAACAAGCUUGGUUGUGUUCAGAAAAGUUUGGCCUAAUUAGUUGUUUGAAUUGAUACUUGUCUAGUUAAGAGAGAAUGUGUUAGUGUUUUAAUUUGUGUAGGAUAAAGUUUGUUCUUUUCUUUAAAAAUAAGAUGGUGGAAUGAAUAAAUAGUUGCUGCAACGGAAAAGUCCUAGAAUACAAAACAAUACUUCAUGUACAUUUUAAUUAAAAGUGUAAAAGUUAAAACGAUAUACACUAUAACGUUUGACUCUCUUUCAUAUUAAUUGUCCUGCAAUGUACGCAAAUUA